AAUGCGGAGUUGGCUCAAAAUAUGGUUCAACUCAUCCAGACUAUCGGGAGUGUGUUAGUUCAGAACCAACACCAACAACGUCUCAAAAACCGCAAUGAUGUAGCAAAACUUGUUGCGAAGCGCAAUCCCCCGUGUUAUUUAGGCCAAGAAGAUCCUCUCAUCCUUGAGGAUUGGAUUCGCACUUUCGACAAACUCUUCGAUGCUAUAAACUGCCCUGCAGAUCAACGAAUUAAUACGGCUGCGUACUAUCUACGUCAAGAAGCAGACAAUUGGUGGGCCACGACUGCCCCAACGUUGCGUCAACAACCUGACUUUUCUUGGGAGACGUUCAAGGAGGCAAUGCGAAAAAGAUUCUACCCAGAGCACGUGAGAGCUGAGAAGUAUGAAGAAUU